CUAACCCGGCCAAAACAAAUAUCUCCACCGCCUUCACUUGGCUCUCCAGCAUACGCCUCUCCUAAAACCCCCAAACCCCUCACUUCACUCCUCAGCUCACCACUCAAAAAGCCCUUCCUCCAUCGUUUCUUCCCAUUUUUUCCUCCCUCCUCCGCAAUGGAUGACAGCUUAUACGACGAGUUCGGCAACUACAUAGGCCCUGAGAUCGACUCCGAUCAGGACGAUUCCGACAACGAUAUCCCUUCUGACGAUGACGCCGAUAAACGCCCCUCCGACGACGAAGCUCCUUCUUCUGCCGCCGCCGGACCCACCAACGGAUGGAUGACAAUCUCCCACGACGAAGAAGACAUCGAAAUGGUCGACAACCAGGUCGUCCUCGCUGAAGACAAGAAGUACUACCCUACUGCGGAAGAAGUUUAUGGCGACGAUGUCGAAACCCUAGUUGAGGAUGAAGAUGAACUCCACCUUGAACAGGCGAUUAUCAAGCCUGUCAAAGCCCUAAAAUUCGAACUUGGUGUCAAAGACUCGUCUACCUACGUCUCGACUCAGUUUAUGCUCGGUCUUAUGUCAAACCCUAAUUUGGUUCGCAAUGUUGCGCUUGUUGGCCAAGUUCAUCACGGGAAGACUCUUUUCAUGGAUAUGCUUGUUGAACAGACUCACCACAUUUCUACUUUUGAUCCUAAGAAUGAAAGGCAUAUGAGGUAUACAGAUACGAGAGUUGAUGAACAAGAGAGGAGGAUUUCAAUCAAGUCUGUGCCAAUGUCGCUUGUUCUUGAGGAUAGUAACUCCAAAUCAUUUUUGAUUAAUAUCAUGGAUGCCCCGGGCCAUGUGAAUUUCUCAGAUGAGAUGAGUGCUGCUCUACGUCUUGCUGACGGCGCUGUCCUGGUUGUUGAUGCAGCCGAAGGUGUCAUGGUUAAUACCGAGAGAGCUAUUCGGCAUGCAACUCAGGAGCGUAUUCCAAUAGUUGUCGUUAUUAAUAAGGUUGACAGGUUGAUAACAGAGCUGAAAUUACCUCCUAAAGAUGCCUACCAUAAGCUAAGACAUACUUUAGAAAUCAUCAACAACCACAUCACUGCGGCCUCUUCCACUGCUGGAGAUGUCCAGCUUAUAGAUCCAGCUGCUGGAAAUGUUUGCUUUGCCAGUGCAACAGCAGGAUGGUCAUUCACUUUGCUAUCAUUUGCAAAACUGUACGUAAAACUGCAUGGGGUAGCAUUUGAUGCAAAUAAGUUUGCCUCUCGUUUGUGGGGAGACAUGUACUACCAUUCAGACAGCAGAACUUUUAAGAGAAAACCUCCUGCAACUGGAGGCGAAAGAUCUUUUGUUCAAUUUAUAUUAGAACCCCUGUAUAAAAUAUAUAGUCAGGUCAUUGGGGAGCAUAGAAAGAGUGUGGAGGCGACAUUAGCAGAACUUGGGGUUACACUUCCGAACGCAGCCUACAGGUUGAAUGUUAGGCCACUGCUAAGACUUGCCUGUAGCACAGUUUUUGGUACAGCAACAGGCUUCACUGAUAUGCUAGUUCAGCAUGUUCCUUGCGGCAAAGAAGCUUCUUCAAGAAAGGUUGAUCAUAUAUAUACCGGUCCAAAAGACACUGUGGUUUACAAGUCCAUGGAAAAUUGUGAUUCAUCAGGGCCACUUAUGGUUAAUAUUACCAAACUCUAUCCAAAAGCAGAUUGCAGUGUUUUUGAUGCCUUUGGUAGAGUGUACAGUGGCACGAUCCAAACGGGGCAGGCUGUUCGUGUGUUAGGAGAAGGGUACUCACCCGAGGAUGAGGAAGAUAUGACAGUUAAAGAAGUAACAAAGUUGUGGGUUUACCAAGCUCGUUAUAGGAUCCCUAUAAGCAAGGCUCCACCAGGUUCAUGGGUUCUCAUCGAAGGUGUAGAUGCCUCAAUCAUGAAGACUGCAACACUUUGUAAUGUUGAUUUUGAUGAGGAUGCAUACAUAUUUCGCCCUCUUCAGUUCAAUACACUUUCAGUGGUGAAAACUGCUACGGAGCCUCUUAAUCCAAGUGAACUACCGAAAAUGGUCGAGGGUCUUAGAAAAAUCAGCAAGAGCUACCCACUUGCCAUUACCAAAGUAGAGGAAUCUGGGGAGCAUACAAUUUUGGGCACUGGAGAGUUAUACCUAGAUUCUAUCAUGAAGGAUCUGAGGGAGCUUUAUUCAGAAGUAGAAGUGAAGGUAGCAGAUCCAGUUGUCUCAUUUUGUGAAACAGUGGUAGAGACUUCAUCAAUGAAGUGUUUUGCUGAAACACCAAACAAAAAGAACAAAAUAACCAUGAUUGCAGAGCCAUUGGAGAGAGGUCUUGCAGAGGAUAUUGAAAAUGGAGUUGUGAGCAUUGACUGGCCUCGGAAGAAACUGGGAGAGUUUUUCCAAACAAAAUACGAAUGGGAUUUGCUGGCUGCCCGUUCGGUAUGGGCGUUUGGUCCAGAUAAGCAGGGACCUAACAUACUGUUAGAUGACACGCUUCCUAGUGAAGUUGACAAGAACUUGCUGAAUGCUGUGAAGGAUUCUAUUGUCCAAGGCUUUCAGUGGGGUGCACGAGAAGGUCCCCUCUGUGAUGAACCAAUCAGAAAUGUGAAAUUCAAGAUAGUUGAUGCUAGGAUUGCUCCUGAGCCACUACAUCGAGGUACUGGACAAAUAAUCCCCACAGCCCGUCGCGUGGCUUAUUCAGCUUUCCUUAUGGCAACCCCUCGUCUUAUGGAGCCAGUUUAUUAUGUGGAGAUACAAACACCUAUAGAUUGUGUUUCUGCGAUCUACACAGUUCUAUCUCGUAGGCGUGGCCAUGUGACUGCUGAUGUACCACAACCGGGGACCCCAGCGUAUCUUGUGAAGGCAUUUUUGCCUGUGAUAGAGUCAUUCGGGUUCGAGACAGACUUGAGGUACCAUACCCAGGGGCAGGCCUUUUGCUCUUCAGUGUUUGAUCAUUGGGCAAUUGUGCCUGGAGAUCCACUGGACAAGGGCAUCGUCCUCCGGCCUCUUGAGCCUGCCCCUAUCCAGCAUCUCGCGAGAGAGUUUAUGGUAAAGACCCGACGGAGAAAGGGUAUGUCCGAGGAUGUGAGCAUCCAGAAAUUCUUCGAUGAUGCCAUGGUUGUGGAGCUCGCCCAGCAGGCUGCGGACCUACAUUUGCAAAUGAUGUGAUGUGAUGUUCCUCCUUUUUUCUUGACAGUUUAGGGUGUCUGCUCGCAUAUUGAUUUUGUUUAAUAUUGAUGUUUGAUCCCUAAUGAUCUGAGAUCUGUACAUUGUCGAUUCUGAAUAUAUUUGCUCUACAGAGAUUUUGUUGUAACAAAUGCUUGUGGCAACGUCAUUUUUAAUCUACAGUAUCAAUGAUAUCACUCUUCCAAAGUUUCAAA